AUGGCGCAGCGGUCCUCUGGGAGCAGCGGGGCGGUCCAUGGCAUGAGGAGGGAAAGAGGCGCCACGCACCGAGAGGAGGAUGCCUGGGGCUCCGCAAGCGCCGACGAAGGUCCGCAGGGCCCCCAGGAAGGGCAAAGGGUGCUGGGGGAGCACCUGGAGGAGCUGCUGUCCGACCCGGGCUGCGCCGAGUAUGUGCUGCCGCUACUGCCAGCCGAGGCCAAAGCGUGCCUGCUGGCGGUGGCACGCCUGCGCCGGCUGCUGUGCGACGCCGCCCUGCUGCUGCUGGCAGACCAGGGGCAGCACAUACUGGACCUGCGCGGCUGCGGCGACCUGCUCAGCGACAGCGGCAUCCGGGCAGCCAUUCGGCGCAUGCCAGACCUGCGGCUGGCAGACCUGACCUCCUGUCCUGUCGGCGCCGACACGCUGCGUGCGCUGGGCGAGGCCUGCCCUGGGUUGCACGUGCUCCGCCUGGGCAGCCCACUGACGGACGCAUCCGCUGGCAGGGGACUGAAGGACGUCCUGCCAGUGCUGGAGCAGCGCCAUGCAGCGCCAGCAGCCGACUCGUGGGAUGCCCUGCUCGAGGUGGAGGGAGACGAGCAGGCUCUGCUGGCGGCGGUGGCAGGCGGCGCGCGCCUCAUGCAGCUCCAUUGCCUGGCCUGGCCCAACAUCCCACAUCGCCUGGCGGAGCACUGCCGGGCUGCCUGCCCCAUGGUGGCGCUGAAUCCAUCGGAGGAGCAGGUGGUGGCGCUGCGGCUGAUGCCGGCCUGCGACCCGGCAGUGCAGCUGGAUGCGGCGCUGCUGGCAGAGGUGGCGGGCAGCGAGCGCUGGCAGGCGGGCGCCAAGGAGCAGCCCAGGGAGCCAAUUGUGCACAUAGCCGAAAAGUUUCGGUUGGCGUAUCUAAGCCGUGCCCAGCGUGUGAGCGCAAAGAUGGAGCGGAACUGGCAGCAGGCGCGGCGGCGCGAGCUGCGGCGCAGCAAGGGCGAGGCGCUGAUUCGCCAGUGGGAGAGCGAGUUUUGA